AAACAAGCGCGCCCGCCAAUGAUCACCUUUUAAGCCCGGAGAGGGGCGGGGUCAUCGCUGUUCCCUUUGAACAACACUCCCAAGAAGUGCCCCGCCCCGCCCCUCAGUGCGCCGGGCUGAUUGACAGGCAGCACACCGCGAAUAUGGCAGAGCGGCAACAGCAGAAGCUCGAAGGCAGGGUGAAGAUCGGCCAUUACGUCCUCGGCGUCACUCUCGGCGUGGGAACCUUCGGCAAAGUGAAGAUCGGGGAGCACCAGUUGACGGGGCAUAAGGUGGCAGUGAAGAUCCUGAACAGGCAGAAGAUUCGCAGCCUGGAUGUCGUGGGCAAAAUCAAGCGAGAGAUCCAGAAUCUCAAACUGUUCCGGCACCCGCACAUCAUCAAGCUGUAUCAAGUGAUCAGCACGCCAACAGAUUUCUUCAUGGUUAUGGAGUAUGUGUCAGGAGGGGAGCUCUUUGACUACAUCUGCAAGCAUGGACGGGUGGAGGACACCGAAGCCCGCCGCCUUUUCCAGCAAAUCAUCUCAGCUGUGGAUUACUGUCACCGUCACAUGGUGGUCCACAGGGACCUCAAACCUGAAAAUGUCCUGCUGGACGCCAGCAAGAACGCCAAGAUUGCAGACUUUGGUCUGUCAAACAUGAUGUCCGACGGCGAGUUCCUGAGGACCAGCUGCGGGUCGCCCAACUACGCCGCCCCAGAGGUCAUCUCGGGAAGGCUGUACGCGGGCCCAGAGGUGGACAUCUGGAGCUGCGGCGUCAUCCUGUACGCACUCCUGUGCGGCACCCUCCCCUUCGACGACGAGCACGUCCCCACGCUCUUCAAGAAGAUCAGAGGCGGCGUCUUUUACAUCCCGGAGUAUCUGACCCGCUCGGUGGCCUCGCUGCUGAUGUUCAUGCUGCAGGUGGACCCGCUGAAGAGAGCCACCAUCAAGGACAUCAGGGAGCACGAGUGGUUCAAACAGGACCUGCCGGGCUACCUGUUCCCCGAGGACCCGUCGUAUGACGCCACGGUCUUGGACGAGGACGCCGUGAAGGAGGUGUGCGACAAGUUUGAGUGCACCGAGUCGGAGGUUGUUUCCAGCCUCUACAGCGGCGAUCCUCAGGACCAGCUCGCGGUGGCCUAUCACCUCAUCAUAGACAACCGCCGCAUCAUGACGCAGGCCAGCGAGUUCUACCUGGCCUCCAGUCCGCCUCAGGGCUCCUUCAUAGAGGAGGGCUUGCCUCUGCCCCCGGGGGUCAAGCCCCACCCGGAGAGGAUGCCCCCGCUGCUGGCCGACAGCCCCAAGGCCCGCUGUCCCCUGGACGCCCUCAACACCACCCGACCCAAACCGCUGGCCGUGAAGAAAGCCAAGUGGCACCUGGGCAUUCGGAGCCAGAGCCGACCCUACGACAUCAUGGCCGAGGUCUACAGGGCCAUGAAACAACUGGGCUUCGAUUGGAAGGUGGUGAACCCGUACCACCUGCGGGUGCGCAGGAAAAACCCGGUGACGGGCAACCUGGUGAAGAUGAGUCUGCAACUCUACCAGGUGGACAACAGAUCCUACUUGCUCGACUUCAAGAGCAUCGACGAUGACAUCAUUGAUGCGGUGGGCUUCAAGUCGGGCUCGUCCACCCCCCAGCGGUCCGGCUCGACGGCGGGCCUGCAUCGGCCGAGGCUCAGCUUGGACUCGGUGGAGGUGCCUCAGCUCAGCUCGUCGCUGCCGGGCUCGCUGGGCAGCAGCUCGCCGGCUCUCGCCCCGCGCCAGGGUUCGCACACCAUGGACUUCUUCGAGAUGUGCGCCAGCCUCAUCACCACCCUGGCCCGCUGACCACCCCUACCCCCCCAGGCUGUGAAGACGCAGGAAGACAAUCAGAUCAGAGCUUUUUUCCAAAGUGUUGGACCCGAGUCCUGAUGUCAAGCUGAUCCAGGAACAGAAAGGUGAGCACUCGGCACCUUUUUUUUUUUUUUUUUUUUUUUCUCCACCUGAGGGGACAUCCUAACACUGAUCAGAGGUCAGUUUGUGGUCUGAGGGAGCACAUGAAGAUUAUCCACGUAUAUCGUAUUUCUCCCACUAUGUAGCGAACAAAAUCACUUUAUAUAAAUCAAAAUAUUUAUUUUUGGAGAGAUUAUUUUUAAGCAUUGAGCACAGAUUUAUUUAAAUGCUGUUUAAAUGUUAUGAUUAAAAGAGCAGAUUUGAGAAAUGAGAGUGAGAGAAUGUUCCGCUGGCAUUAAUGACAUGGCACAGACACGCACCAUCGCACACGGAGGCUGCAAAUAUAUUACACCUACAAAUCUGACGACGUUAAUAUGAAACACUCGUGUUAAUUAAAGCCAGCGUGGCGUUGACGAGGCAGACAUGGCGGCCUGUCACAUGGACGGUAAAUUCAAAUGACCACUGCUCUUUUCAUUAUUAUUACUCAGUGGAGAACUAAUGAAAAUGUCCCAUCACUGAGAGCCUCACGCACAUCAAAGGCUCCACCCCUUCAUUUAUGCUGAUGCCGUCAUUCUUUAAACGCAACUUUUACUACUUAAGCCCUGUGAGACGGUGUGUGCACGACUGAAGUAGCUCCAGAAACCUUCUUCCAGCUGCCUUAAAACAACCAACUACUGUAUUUCCCGGGCUAUAAAGCGCACCGAUAUUUAAGCCGCACCCACCAAAUUUGAGA